AUGGCGUGUAGAGAUCAGCGCUUCGUCAAAUACCACGGACAGUUUUCAAAGUGCAAAGCGCAUGAAGCACAACCAGGCUGUGGAUACCGCGGUAUAACGUGUUGCGAUGCUUUCUGGGGCUGGGGGGAGAAACUGGAGUACUUCACAGGGAAACCCUGGGACCUACCAUGUAACUGCGGUCUAUCUGGCUGCGAGGAGAAGCCGCAGGAUCAAGGCCAGGAUGUUUCUCGGGUCUGCUGCGCGCACAACACCGGCGGCACUUCGCGUUGCGACCGGCGAAUUCGACCCGAGUCAGUGCCCGAAGUCAACACCCCAGAAGACAGCGAGUCGUUGACGUCCACGGCCCUUGCGGACUUGGGGAGCUCCUAUCGGAAUGUCACGGCUUUCUGGCAGACCUGCCGGCUGAACAGGCAGCUUCGCUUUUCAGACCGAACCGUGGAUGAGCUGAUCUUUGCAUGCCACCGGCUGGCGACCCGGUAUCUACUCCUCAAGCAAAACUUCGAUGCGCUGGGGCAGUGGUGCCGCUUCGCCCACCAUGAGCUGCGCCGUGGGGCAAGCGGGCAGAAUCCUGGCUUAUUCCCACCCACCUGGCCCAGCGCGGCUACAUUGCCCGUCAGGGAUGCUGAGACAGGAGUUUUGGAGGAGAUCAGAAAAGAUCACUUAUGGAAAAGGCCGCAUGAUGUGGCUCAACUGCAAUUCUUGGGGGAAACCGUUCGUCAUCUCCGGCAAAAGGCGCAAGAGAUGCAGAUGCUCGGUCUGGAUUCUCCUAGAGGCAUUCCGUACCCCGGCAACCGGGCCUCAUUCGUUCCAGAUCUGCGGCUGGCUGACAUUUUUCGUGCUGGGGCACUGGAAUCAGUCCAAGAUUUGCCGCAGCAAGACUUCGUGGUCGUGGAUCGUGUGCUACGGCCUCAGGUCGCAGUUCAGCUGCAGACGUGGCUGGCGCAAGCCACCAUUUGGCACUCGCCAAAGGAUGGUGGGAUUCUCCAAGCCUCCCUUUUGGAUGGAUUGAACGGCGAAGGCCUCAUCGAAUUGAUCAAGGCAUUCGAAGCCUCCAAGCAAGUGCAGAGCGUGCUGCAGAAGCGCCAUGGUGCCAAGCUAGUCCUGGACGACAUGUGGGCCUGGAAGUAUGACUUGGCGUGGAUAAACCCGUCAUUGCCAAUUCAAGCUGAUAGCUGGUCUGGGAGUGGGCCGGAUGUGCUGGCAGUGGUGUCCUUCAAGGAGACAGGCGCCGCAGAUGGCUGGAGAUUCGCGAGGGGCAGCGAGAAGCACUUCAUCCCGCGCAGGCAGAACCAGCUGGUCCUGUGGACAGCCUGGAAGGGGGGCUGGUCUCUCUCCAUGGCUCAAGACAUGGAUGUCCGAUACGAGGAUCGACCUGUUGACCUAUUCUUGGGCUUUCGCAAGAGCCUUGGCCACAAGGUCUAUCCUGGCUUAACAGCGCACACAUCGACCAGGUGGCCGGCUGCGGCCAAGGCUGGAUGA